GGAGAUACUUUAGGUAAACACGAUCAGCUGCCCCUUCUCCCUGCCCCCUUUUUUCCACGCUUCUUGAUGGACGAAGGAAACUUUUACAGUAGCGGCGCAUCCUAUAUUUCGCCGUCACUUAUUUCACACACACCUCACUUGAGGUAGGUUCAGAUUUGAAAGCCCGAAUUUUGCUGUCUGCCAAUUGUAAAGUGAGAGCGCGAAAUCUCUUUAGAGUUCAUCAUGCCUUUCAUUGAAUAUCCACAGUGCGCUGCUCUAAACUGUAUUGAUUCUUCGGGUCAGUAAGUACAUCACAACGAGCUUCUAAUUUUCUGAAGAAUUUCACUUUCUAUUUUGACUUGAGUUGGUGUUGUUUCCGUAGGUCAGUAAAAAGACCGGCACGACUAAGCGGCUGUCAACUUCUGAUAAAAUCUCAGCGAAAGAACAGUUUCUGUGUCAUUACAGAGUUUCUCUGCUCGAUGAUGUAAUUUGAUUUAGCGCCGCACCUCAGCCUGCAUUUAACUGUGCUUUUAACGCAGGUAAGGAGGCUCCCAUGAAUGAAGUGUAAAAGUGCGACAGAGAACAAUGAAUUCUGCAAAAAGUGAAAUCCAGAUGCAGAAAGCAGCCGCACUUUUUGGAGUGGCCAGCAACCACGAACUGGUCAGCGCUACAGGAGAUCUGUCCGGGAUGACAUUUUCCAUGUACGGCAGUAAAUCCCAGCCCCCUAUUAAGAAGACGAACAACGGCGCGGACCCCAAAGCGCUUCCACUUGACAACGGGAGUCACUCGCAAGAUCCUAUCGCUAAAAGAACUUACGGCGGAGUGUUGGAAAAGUUUUCACCGAACGACAGGCUGCAAGGACUCGAAGCGGAUAAAAAUGGAAGAGCCUGUGUUAUGGAAGACACGCACAAAGCAAACGGUGGCUGCAACCUUUACGGCUCUCUGCCUGGGAAAAAAGACGUGCUGGAAUUGCUGAUAAGUGACGGCUCCUUGACAAGGUGCAGACAGAGCCUUGCAGUCCAUUCAGGAAGCCACUCGACAGGUGACUGUGCUUCACCACCGUGCGACAGGACACCUCCGAGCCUGCAGCUUGCUGCCUCUUUGAACCUGGACACAAGAUCUUCUGACUUUCAGGACAUUUUAACGUCUACAAGUGGUACAACAACAAACAGCAGUUGCAGUUUAAAUGGGGGAGAAGGCCUCCACCAGCAUAUUAAACAAGAAAGCCUGUGUAGCUACAAGUCUCUACCAGGGCUCGCUUCUGCCCAGGAGGUUGCCUCCAUUUGUGGUGGAACCGAGAUGAGUGGGGGUUCGGCAAGUCUGAUACAUCCUGAAAUAGAACUGGCAAACAAUAGCUUUGCAAACUCUCUUUCAUCAUACUCGUUUAAUAAUGAACUGGGCUCCUCCCAGGGCUCUUUGUCCGUUGGCAGCUCUCGUCAUUCAGCAAGGCAGCUACAUUCAGGCAACCUGAAGAGGCGAUGCAUCUCUGUAGCCCCAGCCUCCACCUCGUCUGAAGGAAUCGAUAUCACGGCGAUCUUCUGCUCUUCGCAGAUGUCCCUCGUGGCAGCUUGUGUCAACGGACUUCGGACUAAUUCCCCUGGCAUUUCCUCUCACUCUAGGGCCACCAUCAGCCAGCUCCCUGGAAGUCGCAAAGCCCCAAGCCCCCCACCACCCUGUUCCCAGACAGAAGUGGAUUGCAGCCUGCCGUCCCCUGGACCGUGUGUGCUCUCCUUCUCUUCCUCCUCACCUUUAGGGACGCAGGAGACAGAGCAGAAUAACUGCGAGCAGUACCUGCAGAUGCACUGUCAACAAGGCAACCCGCAUUCACAGCAGCUUGAGCAGACAGACAGCCUCAGCUUCCUCAUGAACAAUAUGGUUCACCAUGGGGUAUUAGAAGGCUGUCAGAAAGCUGGCUUUCUGAAACAGGAACCAUUGGAUGAGUUUUCACAAAAUGAAGAGUUCUUUCAUCAUCACCAUCGCCAUCGUCAUCUUCACCACCAUCAUCGUCAUCACCAUGGUCUCCCCCCUCCGUAUCAUUUGCACCAGUACAUCAACCAGAGUCAGGGCACCUUAUUUCACUUUCAGAGUCAGGCCCCGAUUUCUCUGUCCCGGCCUGGAUCCCAACCAGCACAGCCGUGUGACAGAGAGGAAGGCUCUGUCACGGAAUGCAUUGUGGACAGGCAGGUGUGCCGCUGGAUCGACUGUAACGCUGCUUACGAGCAGCAGGAUGAGCUUGUGCGGCACAUUGAAAAGAUGCACAUCGAUCAGCGCAAAGGGGAGGAUUUCACCUGCUUCUGGGCCGGCUGCAUUCGACGCUACAAACCCUUUAACGCUCGAUACAAACUGUUGAUUCACAUGAGAGUUCACUCAGGAGAAAAGCCCAACAAAUGCAUGUUUGAAGGCUGCAAUAAGGCAUUUUCUCGGCUUGAAAACCUCAAGAUCCACCUGCGUAGCCACACUGGGGAGAAACCGUACAUCUGCCAACACCCAGGCUGCCAGAAAGCUUUCAGCAACUCAAGUGAUCGGGCAAAACAUCAGCGCACACACCUGGACACUAAGCCAUACGCUUGUCAGAUCCCGGGCUGCACCAAACGCUAUACAGAUCCAAGCUCGCUGAGAAAGCACGUGAAGGCCCAUUCAGCCAAAGAGCAACAGUUGCGUUCCUGUAGCCAUCUAGAGCAAGAUGUCCUCAGUGAAUGUUUGGCAAUCCAGCAGCUCCAUUCAUCCUCUUCCCAACAGCAUCUCACCUUCCUCAAUGGAAAAUGCAUGAGGUCGUCAGGGCUUGGCCAGGAAAUGUUUCCAGGUUUAUAUCCAGCUUCCAGUGCAUCCCAUAAUGGAUCUGUGUCUAGCCUUCUCCCACCUCCUCAUGAUCUGCCAUCCAGACAUCAACCUCUGGAAGGAGACAUCAAUAACUCACACAGUCAUCUGUCUCCACUGUCAGCCGUCGAAAACACAAGAGAGGGGCUGGCCACUCCACUCCUUUCUCCGGGCCUUAGCCCAUUGAAAAAUGUAGCCGCUCCAAAUCCUUCUUCAUCAUCAACGGCAACACAACUGGAAAAGCAGCCUUCAUCCUCCUCCCAGGAUGCAGUCUUAAGUGGACAGCACCUCUCAUCUCAGCACAAAUCCUACUCUCUCUAUCCAGACCAAAACGUGCAUGAUGGCUCCUCAGUAGGAGGAUACCAAGGAAGCUUUCAAAGCUGCUUCCAUUAUGAAGAAAGUUACAGAAUGGAAGAGCCUGUUGGGGAUAUCCAUCUGUCAGGGGAAUCCCAUUGCUUUAAUCCACAACGACACAAUGGAUACAUGAACUCAGUGCACUCGGGUUCCUCAGGUUUUGGUAUGGUUCAAGAUGCACAGGGUGGAUCUGGGCAUGAGUUCUCACCUGCUCCAGAGGAAAACACCUUUUUCCAAGUGGGUGGCUUCGACCGGUGUUUGAACCAAAUCUCUCAAGUCUACACGGAGACAUAAACUAAAACUGAAGCUUUACUUCGAAAGAACGCUUCACGUGUAGAACUCUGUUGAGCCAUCUUUUUGAAAGCAAAAAGAAAAGGCCGUUAUCUGCUCAAUUUUGCGUUUGUUCCGUAUGCUUCUCCUCUGUGCUAUGGCACUCCAGGCUUACUGCAUUUUUUAAUUCUGUAGCUUUAAAUUAAUUAUUUUCUUUUUUUCUUUGCAGCUGUAAAACAUUGUUUGUUAUUUCAAACCAUAAAGGUUUACUUUUAUUGUUGUUUGCACACAAUUUGUCAAAAUGUUGGUCUCGUAGCAAAGCUAAAGAAAUAGAUUUCAUCUUAAAAUUGGUGAAAUUAAAACAGCAAGUGGUUACAAAUCUUGAAUUUUUCACUCACUCUAUGUAAACAUUUAGAUAAUUUUAAAAAUGUGUAUAAAAUGUACAGUUUGUUUAAAGCAAUAAUCCUAAUUUGUUCAUAUAUAUAUUUUCAAGUUUUUAAGAAAUA